AUGUAUGACACUACUGAUUUUGUUUCAGGAGUUUCUGGAACCACCGAUACUGGGAAGAAGAAAAUCCUACUUGUGAAGGGAAAAGAAAAAGAAAUUCCUAAUCUAGAGUCCCAAAAUGCCACCGGAAUCCUUGCUGGCCAACAGAGUUCACUAACAGGAGUUUCUGGAACCACCGAUACUGGGAAGAAGAAAAUCCUACUUGUGAAGGGAAAAGAAAAAGAAAUUCCUAAUUUUUCAGGUGGCUUAUCAAUGCAGCAGAGUGUAACAUCUACUGUUAAGAAUUCUCUUGCUUCAGCUGGUCUCAAACAGAACCAGCAGCGGGAGGCUAGUGGAAGGUUUAUCAGAAGCAUACUUCAAAACAAGGAUAUGCGUCAAAGUCAUUUGUCAUCUGCUUUUCAAUCUGAACAACUAAUGCAGAGCUCAAAUCAGGAAAAGGACAAAAGACCACCGCGCUCUCCAAAUGUGAAAUUGGUUCUGAAGUAUACAAAUGGGGCAGAAGACAAGGGAACUGAUUUGCAUGGUUUCAAAAUUGAGAAGCAAGAAAAACGUACAAGGAAUAAAGAUAGACCUGAUCGUGGUGUUUGGACUCCUCUAAGGCGGUCAGACGGAUCACUUGCUAGUGAUGAGUCUUUGUCAUCGUCUGCUUCUCAAUCUACACAAUUACUGCAAGAUUCCACAGAAGGAGCUCAUGGAGAAGUAAAGAAUGACAUGCCAAAUGCACGGAGUGGAGAGUUUAGAAUCAUUGGAAGUGGGCGCAGUGGACAUUUUUCCUUUGAUAAUGGUUCGUAUAAACACGGUGGUCGACGGGUAUCAGCUCAUAAUGUGAAGGAUGCGGAUGGUGGUUCAAUUGUAAAUGAGGGGAAACCUUUAAAAAAGGGAGGUUCUUCUGGCUACGUCUCCCAUGAGAAACAAGUGUGGGUUCAAAAGUCAAGUUCUGGUUCUUAGUAUUGCUAUAAAUGGUAAGCUUCAAAUCUUUGUGUAUUGUUUUUAGCUAUCUUAUACUUGGUAUGGAAAUUUUUUUACUGCUUUUUUUGUAGAUAGAUAGUGCUUUAGGAACAAAUUAUCACAUUAAUAUUCUCUUGUUGAGCACUUGUCAGAUGUCUAGUCAGAGUUAUUGAUGGUUGAUAAAUACAGGCUCUUUUUCAUCAGAGUGUUUUGAGAGGCGAAACAUAUGGGUGAUUUUGUCAAAUAGUAGUAAUUAGAAACAGGGUUGUACUUUCUUCUUUUUUGCCUGUGUUAGAAGGUGUGGAAGAGUCUAAGACUGAUUCCAAUUAUGGGGAGUGUAUAGAAGGAACAGAACAGCGUCACAUGAUUUGUGAUAUUAAAAAGCCAUGUUGUUGGGGCUUAUCAUUGCAUAUGAAAUUGUGACAACUGACAAGUCUUAGACAUUUUAACUGGAAUACUAGGUAAAGUGCUUCUGUCCUCAUAUAUCGCUGCCUAAUGGACUUAGAAUUUCAAAUUGUAUAACAAUUGUGAAUGGAUUUUGUGUUUUUUGUUCUUUCCCAUAAUUUGUGGCAGCACUUUUUUGCUUCAUUUUUUUAUUUGCACUUUGUGCAAUUUCUUUUAGAAUUUUGUCCAUGACCCAUGAUUAUUAAAUUGCUAAUUUAAGCACAUUUAAUACUCUUUUUUAUCUGAACUAAUUUAACAGUUUAAAUUUCAAUUCUCGCUUGGCUAGUUGAUUAGAAGAUUGUGAAACUUGAUUCCUGGAAUAUGCCAUGGCUUCUUGUCAUAAGCUGCUUUUGGACAUGAUAGGUUAUUGUUUGUCUCGUUGGAUC